AUGCUGAAACCAUUCAUUUUCCUUGCCUUUCUCGGCUUAUCCAUUGCCAUCACUUGUAAGCAGAAGUUGACUGGAGAAAAAGAGGCACAAGAUGUUGAUUGUGGUGAUUGUGGAUUCUGUCGAGCGAUCGCACUGGAAGCACCUCAAUCUGGCGACUCUCCGGCUAGCCAUGUGAAGACGAAAGGUUGUGGUUGUGGCGAGAAAACGAUAACGAAAUUGGAGAAAGAUGAAAGAGUCAAUAAGCUGAAUGAUUGCUUUGAAGCAUCUGAGACGAACGCCGACUUUUCGGAUUCCGGAAAACCGGUGGGAUUCUUGAAGGAUUUGUGCUGUGUUGAACCUGAUUCUAAGCCAGCUGAAAAGCAAAAGGAGAAGCCGGCUGAGAAACGAGUUGAGAAAACACCUGAACAAUCGGCUGAGAAGACGAAGACACCGGAGAAGACACCAGAGAAAACAGCUGAGAAGGAGAAACCGAAAACUGCC